AUGUGUUCUGGGAACUUUGGUGUGGCUAAGCUUGUGAGAGAUAAAGGAAGUGGUGAGCUAUAUGCAGUCAAGUACAUUGAGAGAGGAAAUAAGAUUGAUGAGCAUGUGCAGAGGGAGAUCAUGAACCACAAGUCAUUGAAUCACCCCAAUAUUAUCAAGUUCAAGGAGGUCUUGCUAACCCCGACUCAUCUAGCCAUCAUAAUGGAAUAUGCAUCAGGAGGUGAGCUUUUCGCACGAAUAUGCAAUGCUAGGAAUUUAGUGGAGAUCCUGACGACCUCAGAAAUUUCAAGAAAACAAUCAAUAUUGGGAAUGAGAAGCGAUCGGAAGUUGACAGUCAGGUCUCAGGUGGAGCAGGUAGUGAAUGAGAAGAGCUCAGAAGUUGACACUCAAAUGGAGCAGAUUGUAAAUGAAAAGAGCUCUGAAGUUAACACUCAGGUGGAGCAGAUGGGUCUGCAGAAGGACACGAACAAGAAAAGCUUGAACGAAAUGGUUAGCUAUUUCGUACAAGCCGUGGACGAAUAUAAGCAUAAGAUUUUCUUACAAGGUUUCCACAUCCGCCGUGCGGCGUCUCCCAGGACGGACCACCCGCCGUGCUUUCCUAAUGAGAAUUUGGGUAGCAGAGGUGCUGCCGAUAGUAGGCUGAAUACCAUUUUCGUGUCUAAGGUGUAUGAUGUGGGGUACGAGUCGCCAUUGCAGACUUUCCGGGAGGUGUGCCUUUCAGUUCCAUCAAAUAUUCACAAGUUUGUCGUGAUUGUUGCUCACAAAAAUCUACACCAAAAUUCUUCUAGGCAAAUUCUCCCGCCAGCGUACCACAAGAUAACACGUUUCCAUGGGACGAUAAUUGAUGAUAAAGUCGGUCACUCAGAAACAAUGACUUCUACCUAUGUGCACAUGCGGGGAUAA